AUGGAAUCCUCUCCGCUCAAGAGCCGAGUCGGCUCUAUCGUGGGCGUGAAACGUCCAGCAGCCUUGCUGCCUGCUUUCGAACCGAGUUCGUCACCCUCCCUUCCUCGACAGAAGCGUAUAGCACGCGAACCCGAAGUCUCGCUCUAUCCCACACCGGUUCCAACCUCGUCGACGCAUAUCAUGUCGUCUUCUCCUCCACCACCUGGCAUCGCUGCCUCCCGGCCAUCCCUGCCUCGAUCCUUCUCUGCCACCCUCGAACGCGCUCCACUGUCUGCCGUCCCUUCCAUAAUGUUGCGGGAGAAUGGAGAGCCCAUUUUGAUGGGAAGAUCGAGUAUCUCAUGUCAUCACCAGCUCGCUGCUAGCCGUAUGAUUUCGCGAGUUCACGUGAAGGCAACAUAUAAGCCCGCCCCCAAUCCAUUCGAUCGGGAUAGGGUUGAGAUCGUGUGCAUGGGAUGGAACGGUAUCAAGAUCCACUGCCAAGGGAGGAAAUAUGACCUGGCCAAGGGUAAGACCUUUACUUCGGACAUCAAGGACGCGGAUAUCAUGAUCGAUGUCCACGAGGCUCGUGUACUCGUCCAAUGGCCUCGUGGUGAAACACGGGACUGCCCAUCGACCGAUUCUGAAGGAACCAGUGACGAAACAACACCAACCCAAAGACGUCAACCUCGCCAGCAGUUGCAGGAAAGCCCGCUUCUGGAUCGUCAACGUCUGGCAUCGCCUGUGUCCCCGUCCCCUGCUGCUCAACAUGUCAUCCCCCCAUCCUCUCCCAUCUUCACACCCUCUCGAGCCCGUGCGGCAGUAGUGGUGUUUGAGGACGAGCCAUCCCCGCUAAAACGUCAUAACACAGUGACUGGGAUCCCCUCCCCAAGUGCUCGCAGAGCCACCGCCCUCCUGCAUAACUCGCAUGCGAACGAGUUGAGUGACCUGAGUAGAUCCGACGAUUUCUCCGAUAAUGACGAGGAGAACGACCCCAUCGUUCAUUCCUUCGGCCCAUUUGGAGACAACCUUCUUCCACGUAUGGCCUCUUUCCGGGCUGGUGACUCCCCCAUCCACCCUGCCCGGUCCCCUCGCAGUCUACUGCCCGCUCAACCUCUCCAACCCACCCGGUCCCCUAGACAGCCUGCCACGGCCCACGAGGAUAGAGACGACGAGCCCGCCGAGGCCAAGCCCCAGUAUACCGAUGAAGCAUCCGAGAGAGUCCGCAACCACGCUGCUAACCAACUCGCAUUUUCUCGGCUAUCCUCGACUCCAUUCUCCACCAUCUUGAACAACCUUCCCCCUGCCUACUGGAAGUCUGGUCAUGGAAACACCACUGGCCCCGCCAAGUCUGAUAUCCGCAACAUCCUCGCAAACACCAAGUUCAUCGGCCGUGUUGCUCGUGAAGGCAAAGAUGCCGCGGGUAAACCACUCGAGAGUGAAUACUACUAUGUUCCCGAUGAGGAUGAUGAUGUGAUGCGUCGGUCUGCUGUGGUAGAUGAUCUUCGGAAACCGGGCUUGCGUAACUGUCGCAAACAGCACAAGGUUUGUCCAUCCAAUCCCUACUAUACAUCGUCGUAUGUACUUGAGACAUUUACUGAUCUGUCAUGUUUCCAGCAAUACUUCUGGCGCAAGCCUAAAUGA